AACUUGGUUGUAAGCUGGCCGAAUUGCCUUAUGCCUUUUAUUUCUUAGCGACUCAAGUAAGCCAACUUAAGAUAUGAAAUUUAAAAAAUUCACCUCUUUAAUAAUUCUAAUCUCCAAUUGUUAGGUCUGUUGGUAAAUUAUUAAAACGUGACGUAAAUUCACAAACAACAUAAAGCGGAAAUAAGACUCUCCAAAGACCACACUCUAUUUUCCUCCUAUACCAAUAACGCAUUUGUAGACUGUCGGUAUUCAGUAAACACGAAUAAUUUAGUUACAUUGCGCAUCAAACAAUUUAAUAGGCGAAAGAUGCUUUGAACUGCAAAACCAUAUUAUUUUUUGCGUUAUAUUAUGGUACUCAGGAUGGAUAUGUAAUUAAUAUUUUGUUUUGAGUGGACUUGGUGACGUCACUUCAGCAGUAAGCCACAAGUGGGCAAAAACAAAUCGCCGAUGUACAUCACUAUCGUCUCUUGGUUUAUCCCAUGUGCCCUUCUUGGGUGUUAAGAACAUCAACUGAAGCAAUACCAAAUCAUGCAAACUACCAUUUAAUUUAACCCACACUUAUGAACAAAUGGAAUAUGGAUUUACGAAGACGAAGACGUUAUAGGCAUAAACUCCAAUUUAAUUACUGCGUUAAAAAAAGAAAUAAAGAAUGUAUGCAUAACUAAUUGCUAUACCGAAAAUAGGCACUUAAAAUACAAGCAACAAUUUCCAGUCUUGUCAAGCUUCAAUUUGUCAUGAGACGAAAUUAUUUGGAGGUUAGAAAAUUAUUCAAACAAGCUUAAUCGUUUACAAAGUUCACUAAUUGGUCUUAAGAUAGUUGAAUUUAAUUUAUACAUUUACUGUUUCAAUAAUAAUUAAUACUUUUGAGCUUUUCUACAACGAAUACACAUUUACACUUGAGAAAACACAGGCUAUUUUGUUUUUGAUAGAAACCAUUUUCUUCCAUCCACGGUAAACAGACAUACCAACUUAUUCCUCAGCGGCUUGUCCUAAAUAGCCCGUGAUAUUUGGUAAGGUAAAUGCUUAAUUAAUGUAAGUUUCGUCUUGAACUAAUAGUACAUAUUACUCUAAUGCUAACGUCCUUUUAUUUUGUAAUUAGAGAGUAUUGUUAAUUUACGCGCAAUAUGUUAAGUUGGUAAUGUGGCGACGCCGAGAAGCUGAGCAUCAUGGGAAAGUCAUGUAGGUUUCUGACAAGUGACUAUUGUUAGGCAUUUUCGGAAUAAUAUAAACAUUACCAAUCGGAUUGCCCCGCGCACAUUAAUGCCAGAAAUUCAUAAGACGGUCCGAAAUGUUGGACAGUGAUGAUAGUUUUUCGAACCCGCCCGUGUAUAAGGACGGGGAUAUUGUUUGGGUUAAGCUAGGCGGGUGUUGGUGGCCCGGGGUAGUUAAAAAUUUGGAAGAUUUGCCAGAAGACCUUUUAAAGGAAUUUAAGAAACCCCCGUUGGUAGUAGUGAAGUUCUUCGAUGAAGAUUCUUACGAAUAUAUCAGAAAUUGGGGAAAUAUUUAUCCAUACAACAGUAGCAAGAAAAAUGAUUUUAUUAAGAAAGGAAUGGCCGCUUACAGGUCAAAAAUAUCUCACAUGAGCAAAUUUCCAAAGGAUGUUACCAAGGCAGAGGAAUUAACCAAUGGAAAUCCAAAUAUCUUAAGCGAUCCCAUAUUUUUACCCACUAAAAAGUUCAAUUAUACUGAGUUGUUCGGUGCUCCUACUCCUAAAAAGACCAAAACUGGAAAAACUCCAGUGAGACCAAAAAAAACUUCACAAAAACAGAACACAUCUCACAUAACUCACCGCAGAUUUUUGGGUCACGAUGAUUAUCAAGCGUUUAUGUGCAUACAGUAUCCUGGGAAGGACAGAGGAAAUAAUAGUGAUGAAGAAAUGGUUUCUAAACUUAAGGAAGAACCUGAGCAGCAACUUAAUUGUCAGACAUGCUUAUUUAAGACAAAGCGAUUGGAAGUGAUGAUUCUUCACGCAAAAAUGCAUAUAACUGAUUCCGUCAAAAAGAAGGCCAAGAAAUUUCAAUCGGAAAGAACAGACUCCGGUUCUGAAAGCAAAAAGUCUCCGAAACAACGACAGAGAAGAAAGAAGCCGGUUGCAAAGAAGAAGAACGACACUUUCACGGAUCUUCUUAACGAAUGGAGCGACACCGACGAACAAAAUGAACAAGAAAGUUCCAAGAGGGCUUCGAAUGGUGAUAAAGAGGACGAGGAUAAUGAGGAUUCGGACGUUGAAUUGAAGACUGCUACCAAAGAGACGGAGAAAGUGGAAGACUAUUUGAAGGAAAUUACGAAAUUUAGAAGCGUCUCACGAUCUCCGAAGCCCACGUUAAAAUCAAAAACCUAUGAGGAUAUUAAGAAUUGUUUCGAUUUUGACGAAGAUGACGAAGAAGAAGAGAUCGCCGUGACAGCUGCCCCCGGUAGAAAGAUUCCCAGGGUAAUUCCGGAAAAAACCGCUUCAGAUCAAAGGGAUAUCCUGGAGUCUGAAGAUGAUUCCUUGCAAAGGAGAGACGGUUCGUCUAAUAGCGAGAAGCUAAACGAACCUGUCGACGAUAACCUGGAGAACAUCUUCAAGGAAGUUAUGGAAGAAACUGCUGUCCCGAAUUUGGGAGAACUAAUCCACACUUUAAAGCCUGAACAAAAUUUUCAUGAUGGUAGGACUGUCAAAUUUCCAGACAAAGGGAUUUCUAACGAAUCCGAAUCAAAACCCAUCAAUCCUAAGAAGAGGUUUGUUAAAUCUUUUGAGGAUUUCGAACUGGAACUGAGAAAAAAAGAGGAGAAUGAACAGUUGGGCAGGUAUUUCGGCGACGUCGGAGAAGACGAAGUAUGUGACUCUAAAGAUAGGUGUGAAAUUUCCAGAACAAAGGAUAUAGAGAAAUCUGAAAUUUUAAAGAAUGCGGCGGAUGCCGACAUCAAAUUGGUUCUUGAGGAAACGGUGGAGCAAAUUAUCAAAAUAAACGAAGAAACAGACGAGAAAAUUGAAACAGGUCAGGGAGAAAACAAUGGAAAAGAAUUCCAAGAAGUGGAAGUGUUUAAAGAUAAUUCAAGUGAUCCACAGAAAAAAAAUACUAGGAGAAAAACCAAACAUGAGAUAAUCUCAAAAGAGAUUAUGGAGUGCGUUGACAAUGCAAAAUCGGAAAAUCCCGUGAUCGAGUCACCCCAGUCGAAAGAAAGCGCUGAACCAGUCAAAGGUAGAAACACUAGAAGAAAAACGAGACUUACACAAGACUUUUCAACUUGUGACAAGUCACAGGCGAGUAAGGACAGCCCGACGGAAACUGUUAAAGGAAGGAAGAAACAUUUCAAGGAAGUAGCGCAGGAAACUUCUCAUAUGUUGGAAGAAAUCCCUUUAGAGACGGGCGAUAAAGUCAUACAAUUAGUAAAAGAGAGGCAAAUGGACCAUAAGGAGAGUUCCAGAGAGGUAACACAAGAAUCUUUCUACGCGCCGCCGGAGGAAAAGGACAUUAAGAUACCCAACAGCAAAAUAGAAUCUGCCAAUUUAGCCGACGCUCAUAGUUUGUUGGAUGGCGACAUUGCCAAUCACCAAGAAGAGUCCGAUAAAAAAUUAAAGACCCCCGGACGUCGAUCCAAAAAGCCCGCCAAAUCAAAACCUAAAGAACAUAAAGAAGUGAGCGAUCUUGGCACACCAAGAACUACCAGGCGGAGUACUAGAAGUGUUUACCACAGCGUGGAGACUGAAACCAGUUCGAAGGUUCUUUUUUUUGCUGGUGGUCGUAAUGAAGCAAUUGAAGCCUCCUUCGCUCGAAAUGUAAUCAACGAGGGGCAGGUUCGUCGAAUAAUCGGGGCAGAGGAUAGCAAGCACGCAAUUGAGGAUUCUACGUUGAAAUUUAAAAACGUUAACAAAGCUGUAACGGAGGAGGGGUGUGUACGUACUGAAGAAGGGGGUUUUGCGAAAACGGAAAAGAUGACGGCCCAUGGAAAAAUUGAGGAAGGAGUAACCGAAACUGAAAAUGGGAACAAUCCUCCCAAUGAAGAGUUGGUAAUUAAUGACAAGACUGAAAAUGCGUCAAGGAAAGAACCGGUUAGAGGGAAGGGACGUCGGCGCAAAGGCAAACAUGACAAACUCGAGGAGGUCGCUGAAAAAAAGCAGCACUCGGAAAAUCUUCAGCAAAACGAGCCGGAAGUCGCCCAAGGGGGCGACGAAAUGGAACAGACUAAGAAUCAGAAAAGGGAGUGGAGAACCAAGGCGGAUUUGAAAACGCCGGUACGUUCGGCACUUGCCGCGGACUUUAAACCCGGAAGACGCACGCGGAACAGCGAGGAGGUGCGGGUUUUGGAAGAGGCCCUGAAACAAAGCGCCGAGACCGCCCAAAUGGAAGCGCUAGAAAGAGAACGGAAGGUAUCGGAAUCCAACGAGUUUGAAGAAGAACAACACACUGUCACUGUAGACAUUGCCAAAUACAAGAAAAACAAAUACAGUGAACUAAUCAUUAGCGGCAAGGAGGCCAAAGGGCUACAGAAUCAGGUCAGUUUCAAGAAAGCGGAGCUCAAGCCUUUGGCGGCGGUAAGUGACGUCCGCGUCGACACUGAGAACAGAGAGCGUGAAACCGAAAAUCCGAAAGCGGAACAAGACCCGGUGAGAAAGCCGGAAAUUUUCGAAUCACCGAAAUCGAUAGACGAGCCGAAAAGGGGCCGAGCGAAGCGGUUGUCGAUUGAACAGAUGGUUCACGAUGAUCAAAUUGUAAAAGACAUCGGUAGGCUUCCGCCCGAGGAUAUUUUACAGACGGUAACGUCGAAACCGCCGGACGAUAUUACGCCUUCCGAUAUCGUCGACCAUAAAGGGGAAGAAUUUGCAGAUUCGAAAGUGGCUGCGCUCGAUUUCGAAGAGAAAAACAAACCACCGGGAACGGCGGCCGAAUCUCAUUGUGAAAAAGCCGAAGAUAAGGCCCAACAAUUCUUUCCAUUCAUCGAGGACGUGUCCCAAAUACCCUUGCCUCCUGGUGAGCCCGUUCAAAGGUCCGCUUCCGCCGAAGAUGUCGAAGACAAAUCGAUGCCGCCGAAGAAGAGCAGAUGGUCCCGGAGGAACAGCCAUCCGAAAAAAGAUAAGAGGAAAAUCGAGGACAGCCUGCGCGAGGCCGUGCUGGUCGGGGAAUGCCGCGUCGAGACCGUUUACGACAAGAUUAAACUCGAUGAGAUACCAUUACCGGACGAUGUGGAACCUGCGAAACCUUGCGAGGAACCCAAAGUGAUGGACGCGAACGACGAUAGCGAAAUAAUCCUGCCGUUAAAGAAAUCCAGAAGGCUGAACGAGUUGACGUUAGAUGCCGAAGUGUCUCCGGUCAAGAGCAAAAUCGAAGACGAUCUUUUGAAUUUUUCGGUCAACGAUACGUCGUUGAUGUCGACGUCAUUGAAGAAUGCCGUUCAAAACGCUAUAGAGUCUAUCGAUGCUGACCGUUCGAACAAGAUGGAUCCCGCUGCCGUUGAGAAUUCGGAACCGAAGGUUUCGGAAGAACGCAAGUCCGAAGACGGCAAGAAAGUUUCCGAACUCUUCAAGUGCAUGCCGCCAAAGAAGAAAAAAGUCGAAUUGCCGUUGGAGCAGCCUCAGUCGGAAGUCGAGGCGACGUCGCACGCUCAAGCGCCGAAACAUGAUGCGGAAGACAUCCCGCAACCGCCCAAAAAGAAAAUCCAGAAGAUUUUCGAGAAUAGUCAAGCGUCCGCGGAGAAGUCUUACGUUAACGACGUUCCGCAGAUGUCGCCGCUGGCUAAAAAGAAGAGUUUCGCGUUUCAGGAAGUGGACGAUUCAAGCGUUGAAGUGGAACAGGGUAAAGAGUUUGGGGAGCAACAAGAAAAGUCUGAUUUAGAAGAUUCAGCGGCUAAGAAACACAAGAUGGACGAGCAGUUAGACGUCGAUACGGAUGAAACUAUAAAACGGAAAAGAAUUGCGGAGCAUCAGACCGGAGAUCAAGAACCAGGUGAAAUUGAAAUGAAACAAAGCGACCUAGAUGAUCAGGACAGUAUUUGUCGUGAAGUUGUAGAAGAGGAGGUUAAGAUUGUUAAUCAAGUGGGUACGGAACAACGUGAAACUUCUUCCGCGCAAGAGUUGUAUUUGUGCACAGCGAAACCCGCGGGCUUGGAAGAGGAAACGAUAACGGUGCCAUCUUCGGAAAACGACGUUACAGCGCCGCCACCGGUGGAAGAGGAGGUCAAAACAGUAGUGCCGCCCUUGGAGGAAGGGUCUGUUCCCAUUUCCGCAAUUACCAAGGAGGUUGACGACCAUCAGUCUGAAAUGGAGGUUAGUCUCGAAGAGGUCGACUUCAAGUUUUCUAUUCAAACGAAUUUAACGAACUUGAAAAGUUCCAAUACCGAGGAGCUGUCCGCUUUGGGCGAAGCGACUUUGUGCGAGAUAAAGGGGGUCAAAGAAAACGCCGAGGAAAAGAAAGUCGACGAUAGUGGAUCUGAGCAAGAUGUGCCGGCGGAGUCGCUCGUCAAAAGUCCGAUCGUGCCGCCCCCGGACCCUUCGGAGCUUGUCACCAUCGAGGGCAAUCUGACAGUAAUGUCUGAAAAAGACCUCGCGGACGCCCAAGUUGAAAUCACCACCGACAAAGUGAUUAGCGAGAAAAAACCGCUGACGCUGAGCAGUUUCUCGAUGGAUUAUAGCGAAUCGAGCGAUAGCGGCAGUGCAGAAUUAUUGAACCGGAAAUCGAAGGUACCGGAAGACGGUUCGUUGGGCGACAGUAGUGGUACCGAGUUUAGUUUAAAAGCGAUGAUCAGGGCGAUCGAUCACAAACCGCUCGUCAGUCGACCAAACACGUACGAGAGGACCGAGCUCUUGGAUAUCCUCGAGGGUAAUUCCAAUUCGAACUCUUCGUCGAGUAGUACCGAACAGAAGUUCAAGAAAUCGUUCGACAGCUAUUCGAAGAAGGACGUGGUGCAAGGCGUGCAGGGCAUUUGCGAUUUCGAGGAGUGUAUCCCGUCCCAGAUCGUGUUGUCCAACAAGACGAUGCCUGAAUCUGUGGACUCUCCGAAGCUUCUUGAGCGACUGUCGAUCGAGAAGCCGCCGCAGAAGGUCGUAAUACAAAGUGACGUGAAAGUGCCCGAGAACGUCUCCAAAAUGCUGCUAAAGAAGCUGCCAAAAGGCGGGAUCGGCGUCAAAAAUCAAAAGUUCGUGAUAAAAGCCAAGCCGAAUGUGGGCGUCGUUAAGACCGUGGGCGCCACCAAACCGAUUAUCCUGUCGGAGCAGAUUAUAAGGCCGGCAACAUCCGCGGGACCCAGUCAAGGCGUUAAGAGGACUCUGGACGAUAUAGAGGACGUCGAAGCGUUCAUCAUACCAAAGGCUACGAAGAAGGCGGAAUCAGCAGAGGAGCCCGCCCCUUCGCCGGCUACAAAGAAGGGAUCGCGAGUCAGCGGAAAGGCGAAAAUCUUGCAGCAGACCAUCAUAACCCCGGAAGGAGAGAUUAUCCAGCCCCAGACCGACGACAGUAUAUUUGAUAUCAACUCGAUGCCGAUUGUGCUGUCCGACGAGAUUCUAACACCCGAAAACAUCGAGAGCAUGCCCGUCGUCAUUUCGAACGAGGUGAUUCAAACUACGCAACAGGCCGUUACAACCAAGGGUGUUUUGGUCAAGGAGAAGGCUACACCCACGCUGGCGUCCAGAAAAAUGGUCGUGGCACCUGCCGGCAAAAUGGUCAUCAAGCAGGGCGCCCCCGUAACCGCCAGCGGCUCGACGCAGCAGGUGAUCAGCACGCCGAAACAACCGGCCACGAAGCCCAGAAUCAUCUCCGGCAAUUCGAGUCGGGUCCUGAAGCAAGCUCCGUCUCUGGUGACUGGAUCGGGUAAACCCACCAAGUACAUACUACUGCCUUCCGCAGCCACGCAGGGCGUAGUUCAGCAAGGAAAAGUUGUCGGCACCAAGCAGGUAAUCCGGAAGCAAGCACCGGCCGCGAUUAAAAUGCCUGGGGCGCAGCCCGAACUGGGCGCAAUGACAGGCAACAAGAUUAUGAUAGUAACCAAUCAGCAGGGGCAGCAGCAUCGCCUGUUGCUCACACCGGCGCAGCAGAAGAUGUUGGGGGUACAGAGUCAGCCAACCAAGGUGACCAAAACGAUCGUCAAGGGACCAAUACCCAAAGGUCUACUGCAGGAAGCGACCCCGGGUCCCAGCGGCGUCGGCGACAAAAUCCUGCCUCAGAAAACGACCGUAAUCGCGACAUCCUCGACCAUACCGGACGGAUCAUCCGGUCUUCUGAUGCCUGCCACCAAAACCGGGAAACCGGCGCUCGUCAAAAAGCCCGUGGCGGGCAAAAUUCCGGGUCAGAAAAUGCAGAAGACGAUCCUGAUCAAGAACCAGCACGGGCAAACGGUAAAGAAGAUACAGGGCACCGACGAGGACGAGCUCGACAGACAGGUCGCGGAACAGCUAGAGGCAAUUAAGGCCAGCGCGCGGCUUCAGCAAAGCAGACAACCAGAGCUGAUCACCUACGGUAACAGGGGCGUGACCGUCAAGGCGACGGCUAGACGGGCCCCUUACCCCAAGAAACCUGAACCGGUCAAGCCGAAACCGACUUCGGCAGCUGGAAAAGCGACUACGCAGCCCAACGCACAGGCCGCAUUACCCCUGAAAUCUCAGCUGGUGAGGAACGCGUCAGAGAAGGAAAAGGCGCCAGAAACAGGACAUAAACCGGAAGCGAGUAGGCAAAUGGUGGAGAGCGACGGCAAGACGCCCGCGACGCUUGUGCCCCAAACUAUAACGGCGGAGGGCAAGCCGGAACGGCCGCUCAACCAGUUGGUGAUACAGGACGCCUUGGGUAACCAGACCACCAUUACCGAAGGGCAAAUUUUGGCGUUGCCGAGCGAGACUGUCGACGGUCAGCCCCAGUCUUACAUGCUCAUCACUUUGGACGAAUCGGGCAAUCUAACACCCUUGAACAACGAGGCCCUGAUGUCGUUAGACCCCAGUCUGGGUUUGGGCGGCGACGUCAACAACAUGGUACUGCAAGUCGACCAGGGCCAGGGAGUAAUCACGCCGGCGUCCGCCGUCAUGAACAAGACGGACGUCGCCUCCGCGCCCAUCAUUACCGAUCAGCAAAAGGUGGCCGAACGUCUCAAGGGCCCGAUCAUCGAACCGAAGGAGCUCAACCAGGCAGAGCCGAAACCGGCUAUGAAAAAACCAACACCGACGCCACCCGAACCUCAACUUCCCGCCGAACUGCAGGUGUCGCUGACCGACGCAGCAAUAGGCGACCCGAUGGGAGGCCAGCAAUUAAUCGUGACCGGCGAUCCGGUGGUGACGCAGAAGUUUCUCGAAUCUCUGUCGGACGGCACGACCGACCUUGCGACCAUCCUGGCCAACGCCGACGGCGGCAGUUUACUGAUCCAGGCCGACGGUCAACAGAUCCUGAUCAAAACAAACUCGGCGGACGCGACGCUGCUGAUGGACCCGUCGGCGGAGAACACGGAGGGGGCCGGCAACCCGAUCUUCUCCACGCAGCACAAACCGAACCAGGACAUUUUGGCGGCCGCGUUGGCGAACACGGACGUGUUCCAGCAGCAGGACCCGCCCGGGGUGUCGGGAAUCAUGAAAAGUUUACCGCCGUCCCAACUGAGCCCCGGCGGCGGUGCCCUCUACCCGAUGAACGUCGGCAACGUCCUCGAGACCAGUUUGACUCUGAGUUCGCCCAUCAUGACGCCGCUGGAGGUGCCCAGCAUCAGCGGCAAGAAGAUCGACGACGAGGCCGACAUUCUCGGUCAGGUUCCCAAGAAUGUGGACCUCCCGAUCACCAUAACGGACCCGAACAUUUCCCAAACGGUCGCCCACCAGCAAGCGACCGGCCUGAUGGAAUUGUCGCUGCCGAUUUCGGAGGCAACGGUUGUCAGUACCGAUAUGAACAGCCCUUCGUUUUCCUAUUCGUUGCCGGCGAUCGAGGACUCAGUGGAGAUCUCGUCGCAGAAGCCGUUCAACGGCAGCAUGCCGCUGCUCACCGAGGACGUGGUGGAGGAGACGGUCGGAGACGAUCAGAAGAAUCCCUUCGAGGGCUACGGCUCGUUGCCGGUACUUGCGGACGAUUCGGAAAGCAACAGUCAAGGUCAGGAGGGCGGGACCGAUAUGCAAGCCGGACGGGCGACCUUCGAGGGGGUCACGUCGCUACCUUUGCUGACCGACGAUGUGGUGGAGGGUGGAAAAUCUCCAAAAUCCGGCAUCGGCGCGUCGGCGGGCCAGCAAAAUAGUUACGAAGAGUCGGGACUGUGCACUUUAGGCGGCGAGAUGUGCAGCUCUUUGAGCGAGCCGCCCCCGGACAUGUUUGAUCUUGGACCGGUCGCGGAAAGGGAGGAGGAGAUCUCCAGCGACCAGUCCUCGGUGCCGGAGGCGGAGACUAUGUCGCUGAAUAGCGAAGGCUCCGGCGAGAUCCCAUUGCAGCCCCAUAUCGUCGCGACGCUGGCCGAACUGAAGAGGACGACGGAGAGCGACGGGCACGACGCGAAACGUCCAAAGUUCGACUGAUAGCCGAAGCUGUGUACAUAGUUUUUGUAAAUUGGACCUUAAAUUGUGAAGUGUUAGUUUGAUUGGUAAUUAAUUCAAACUUUAUAAUUUUUUUUGUAAAUAGUUGUUAUUGUGUACGUUCAUGUACAUACAUUUUAAAAGAAUGCUUUUAUUCAUAUCUUUUAUAAAAAUAAGAACCAUAGCAACCGAUAUAAGCACACUAAACGCAACGUAACCUAUCAUCCAAAUAGGUGUUUUUAGAGUAGUUCGUCUGUAACGGAGAAGCCGCGUGCAACGUGUUUGAGUUAGACUCUGUUUUUGACAUUAUUGGAAACAUGCAACUUAGC